AAUUUAAGUAGUCAUGUAUUAUUUUGGGGUAUGGAUUGGGGCAUGGAUUUAAUUCCAAUCCAUGCUAAUACAGAGCUGGAUUGGUGUAAACGAAUAAAGCCUUAAUUGUUUCGGUCGCUUCUCCGUCUCUCGAUCCAUGCUUUUUACAGCUUGUUGUUGGUGCAAACAAAACUCGCACUGCAAACAGCAGCAAGCGUGUAGCGUAUCGUCAUUCGUCGGUCGAUAGGAUCUUCGGCAUGCGUCCCAGCUACUACUGCCGGCCGUGGUUCACCCGCGCGGCGGCGGCGGCGAUGGACGCGCCCACCCCACCCGGCCGCGCCGCGUCUUACCGCUCCACCUCCUUGUCCGCCUCGUCCAGCCCGGUCGCGCGCGCCUCGGCCGCGUCGCUCGCCUCCACUCCACAGGCUCGUCGCCUGCGGAGAACGCGGUCGCCUCCAGCGCCUUGCCGAUCGUUAUCCUGCUCCCGGCCGUCCAGCACUCCGCGGACACCGCGCCUUGCCUUGCUGUUCCGCCGCAAGAGGUGUCCUGCCCGACAGGCAUAUACAUACAUAAACAGAACAUCUCAUUUUGUGAAGAACAUAUGUAGCGGACGUACGCACGGACGGCUUCAAACAGUUCAACGCGACGGUUGCGUCCACGCGAAACGGUCUGCACCUGGUCGGCCACGAACUCCGUGCGUGCUUGACGCGGAAGCCCGGCACGCGCGCCUCGGUGACGGCGACCCAACCGUCAGCGGCUGCGUCGGUGGCCUCGUCGCGGGGCACGACGCCGAGGCGGCCUUUGCGCCUGGAUGCGGACUGCAUGACGGCAGCGGCCUCGCCCCUGGGCGCCUGCCCCAGCACGGCGUUCUCCGCGGCCUGCAUCAUGGCCGCGUCCUCCAGCCCGGUGGGCGUCCUGGCCAGCUCUCCCUUGACGGCGAACACGUCUGCUGCUGCUCCUGGCUCAUCAUGGAAUCCGAUGCUUCGUUGCUCGCUUAGUGAAGUCUUGGUAGGCGGUGUCCGUGGACGUGAGUGAUUAUGGGGCCGAGUCGUGAACGUGGACGUGAGAGGAAGCGAGAGACGUGGAUUACCACACCUGCAGGCACGUAGCGUCGGCACUGCGAGGUGGUGCAUGCGCAGCAGCUCCACACCAACACGGUGGACUGGUAGGAGCAAAAUGAACGCUGCAGUGCCUCCGCGUGUGU